AUGAAGGGGAGAAACCAGGACCUUGCUUCCCACAUAGCCCCCAGAGCGAAAAUCCUGGUCACCUCUAGCAGAGAUGUAUCCCCCAUGAAGGGGAAAAACCAGGACCUUGCUUCCCAAAUAGCCCCUAGAGCGAAAAUCCUGGCCACCUCUAGCAGAGAUGUAUCCCCCAUGAAGGGGAGAAACCAGGACCCUGCCACCCAAAUAACCCCCAGAGCGAAAAUCCUGGCCACCUCUAGCAGAGAUGUAUCCCCCAUGAAGGGGAGAAACCAGGACCCUGCCACCCAAAUAGCCCCCAGAGCGAAAAUCCUGGCCACCUCUAGCAGAGAUGUAUCCCCCAUGAAGGGGAGAAACCAGGACCUUGCUUCCCAAUUAUCCCCCAGAGCGAAAGUCCUGGUCACCUCUAGCAGAGAUAUGUCCCCCAUGAAGGGGAGAAACCAGGACUUUGCCACCCAAAUAGCCCCCAGAGUGAAAGUCCUGGCCACCUCUAGCAGAGAUGUAUCCCCCAUGAAGGGGAGAAACCAGGACUUUGCCACCAAAAUAGCCCCCAGAGCCAACAAGCAAGUGAAAAGGUGAAAAAAGCGAAAAUAAAAAGGGUUGACCACCUCUAGCAGAGAUGUAUCCCCCAUGAAGGGGAGAAGCCAACAAGAAAGCAAAAGUCACAUAAAAGCAAAAAUCCUGGCCACCUCUAGCAGAGAUGUAUCCCCCAUGAAGGGGAGAAACCAGGACCCUGCCACCCAAAUAGCCCACAGAGCGAAAAUCCUGGCCACCUCUAGCAGAGAUGUAUCCCCUAUGAAGAGGAGAAACCAGGACCUUGCUUCCAAAUUAGCCCCCAGAGCGAAAAUCCUGGCCACCUCUAGCAGAGAUGUGUCCCCCAUGAAGGGGAGAAACCAGGACCUUGCCACCCAAAUAGCCCCCAGAGCGACAACCCUGGCCACCUCUAGCAGAGAUGUAUCCCCCAUGAAGGGGAGAAACCAGGACCCUGCCACCCAAAUAGCCCCCAGAGCGAAAAUCCUGGCCACCUCUAGCAGAGAUGUAUCCCCCAUGAAGGGGAGAAACCAGGACCUUGC